UUGUUAUCGAGAGGGACCAGGACACCCUGCGCCUGGACGGAAAGCCCUUACUAGAAACUGCGAACAUUACCGUCGACGAAGAUACCGUGGCACUUCAAUACAGUGACGACGACGCUGACUUCCUGAUGAGGCUGACAACGGACCUUGACAAGGAGCGAGACACACAAUACCGCGACGCAGUAACGAAGUGGAAGCGCAACCCAGGGAACAAGCCAAAGCCCGAGAGAAGGGAACGCUCGGCCUUCUCCGGGUACUACAAUGUCAUGCUGGCAAGCACUACGCCCGGUCUGGUGCGAUGGCUAGCGCGUAACAAGAAAUACAACAGCCUCCGCGCAGACGACAUCAGGACAUGGUUAGACGAUCCAGCUACUUCGCCACUGUACGAGGACUUUGAUGAGAUCAUCAAGGGUGACGAGAAGUGGGCGGAGCUUAUGAGGUACGUUGCCCGCCUGGAGUCGACCAACAAGACGGGUGAGCGAUCAGAUGGUGCGAGGAACAAAUGCAUAAUAGGUGUACGCCUGCCAGUGAUCGGGCACCUAUACGCAAUCGGACUGGCGAAGCAUUUCGGCGAGAGUCAUCACAAGACCAAGGACGAGGCAGCGAUUGAAAACCGAACAGUGACGACCAUCCACGCCAGGAUGAGCCAACAGACGCGCACACAGCACAUCGACGUCUUUAACACGUUGGCAUCGAAGACUCGAUACUUUGUGUGCACCGUCGACGUGUUAGCAGAGGGCGUGAACAUGACCGGCGCAAAUCACGUUGUCGUGGUCGACACACACCCGCGGUCCGACAAACUCAAACAGUUCAAGGCACGUCCGAACCGAUUUGGCCAGCUUGAACCGACCAUCUACAUACGACAGUACUGGAACACGCGCUCCCCAGUGGACGUCAACACCAUAUACCGCCAGAGAAACAAACAGCUCGUCAACGACAACGUGUCGUCGAGGUUACAGGCCGACGGCAAGGUGUCCUCGACAGUGCCGGGCGACGGCGACGUGGAGAUGGACGACGGCGGCAAUGUGCCAGAGGACAAGAACGACCACGUGUUCGACGCGCUGUGUAAUAUUUAGUGAGCACAGGGGGUGCCUCGACUUGUGGUGAUAUAUCUUAGAACUCAGACAUGAUGAUAGUACACACCAAAUGGUAUCUCAAAACACACAGACAAUGCUCGUGAUUAGAGUGACUGCAAGCUUGAGCGGACAUACGCCGGGAUCCACGCGGGCACGGCGUAAUACAUACAUGGCACUACAUUGACUGGAAGUCUCCUUGACCGCAUGACACGCAUUUGCAUGUGCAAGGAUAUACACAGUGAAUCACAGUGAGGCAGACCCUCAUGCGACCCAACUUGAACUAGCGUAUACACAGGCAUAUCGCCCAACGCAUCCUCGCAGUGGGCGGACGGGAUAAACACAGUGAAUCACAG